CUACCCUUUGUACCCCCUCCCGGCCAGCACCGCACUGCCCUGCCCGUCAAGCCCGCCAUGCUCAUGCGGCUUGCGGCGCGCGCGCAGACACGGCCAUGGAUAUGCUCGCGCUGUCUGCACCAGAGGCAGAGCCACCGCCCGCGCCGAUUCAACGGCACCUUUGCCGCCGCAGCGACCGCACGCGAGCCUGUGCCGCCGCCCCCGGCCUCGAGUCUCUACGGCCUGUCCACGGGCCGCGCAAAGGACGACGACGAUACGCUGCGCAACAUCUUCGACAAUGCCAGGUUCUGGGAGGACUUCUCGCGCGCUUCCACGAAGCAGCCACCGACCGGCAUCGUCGGCAACAGAUACCUCACGCACCCGGACGGCUUCCUCGAGUUCGUGUCCACAACGCUGUCGCGAUGCAAUGCCGUGGUGGAAAAAGUGAGCAGGGCGCACACGGUGCAGCACUAUAGGAGCAUGGUCCGGGAGCUGGACCGGUUGAGCGAUCUGCUGUGCAGGGUCAUUGAUCUGGCCGACUUCGUGAGGGGAACGCAUCCGGACCGAAGGGUGCAGAAUGCUGCGAGCAAGGCCUAUACCAUCAUGUUUCAGUACAUGAAUCAGCUCAAUACUACGACGGUGCUCAACGAUCAGCUGAAGAAAGCGUCCGCGAUACCCGAGGUGUGGGACAGCUGGAGCGAACAGGAAAGGGUCGUUGCCAAAAUUCUAAUCGAAGACUUCUCGAGGAGUGCGAUUGAGCUGCCCGAAGGGGCUAGGCAGCGUUUUGUAGAGCUGAGCGGCGAGAUCGCCCAUGUCGGGACCGAGUUUGUGGAAAGAAUGGCGCCCGAGGCCAGCUAUUUGAGGUUCGAUAGCAAGCGGAUGAGAGGGCUAGAACCGAAUAUGGUACGCGCCUUGACCAAAUGGGGCGAGACCAAGAUCGGCACUAUGCACCACGAGGCACAGAUGGCUCUGAGGUAUGUCGACGACGCCGAUGUGAGAAGAGAUAUCUACAUGGCGGUGCGGACGGCAAAUAAGCCUAGCAUAACUCGGCUGGAGAAGAUGUUAAAGGACAGGGCAGAGCUGGCCAAGUUGUCUGGAUAUGAGACGUUCGCGCAUAUGACAUUAGAGAACAAGAUGGCCAAAUCCCCCGAAGCCGUCAACCAGUUCCUGGGUGCCUUGGUCGAGGACAAUAAGCGGCUGGUCAACGAAGAGCUACAGGAGCUGAUGGAGCUAAAAAGAGGCGACGCGAAGGUGGACAAUUUCCCCGACAGGAUCAACGCCUGGGAUAAGUUCUACUACACCCACAAGCUGCUAUCGAGUAUGGACACCAAACUGCGGACACCGGACUUCCUCUCUUCCUACUUCUCCGUCGGCACCGUCAUGCAAGGUCUCUCGCGCCUUUUCGACCGCCUCUACGGCAUCCGGCUUGUACCUCGCGAAACCCAACCCGGUGAGGUCUGGGACGAUGGAGUGCGGCGACUGGACGUUGUUUCGGACAGGGAUGGUCAUGUCGCUGUCCUCUAUUGCGAUCUCUUCUCCCGUGAGGGCAAGACACCAAACCCAGCACACUUCACCCUUCGCUGUUCGCGCGAGAUAUUGCAGUCUGAAAUCGAGGACAUGUCGCAAAUGUCUCAUCCUUUCUCCUCUCCUGUGGAAGCCGCCACUGAUGGCAUGGCUGUAUCAUACAACAAGGAGACGGAUUCCUACUUCCAGCUUCCCACUAUAGCCUUGAUCUGCGAUUUCUCAAAGCAUCAAUAUCCGAGACCGACAUUACUCAACUUCAACGAUGUGCGCACUCUAUUCCACGAGAUGGGUCACGCUCUGCAUUCGUUCCUCGGUCGCACCCCUCUACAAAACGUCUCCGGAACUCGCUGCGCUACCGACUUCGCAGAACUUCCGUCAGUCCUCAUGGAGCACUUCGCAUCCUGCCCCGACGUCCUCGCACUCUACGCGCGCCACUGGGACACUGACGUCCCGCUACCGAUGUCCGCUCUAGAAAAGCGGCUCGCCAUCGACGUGCGCACGCAACCAGCAGAAACAGAGGCACAGAUUCUACUCGCAAUGCUAGAUCAAGCAUACCACUCCGCGCUCCCGCUCUCCUCCAGCUUCGACUCCACGAAAGUCUACCACGACAUAUACAAUACCCAUGCUUCUAUCCCUGAGCCCGCUGGUACUGCCUGGCAAGGCUUUUUUGGCCAUUUGUUUGGCUACGGCGCCACAUAUUACAGCUACCUGUUUGAUCGUGCGAUCGCCGGUAAGAUUUGGAGCGAUGUAUUUCAGAAGGACGGGAAGGGAGGUAGUGUAGAGAGGGUGAACGGAGAGAAGUAUAAGAAUGAAGUGUUGAGGUGGGGUGGGGGCAGAGAUGGAUGGAAGUGUGUUGCUGGAGUGUUGGGUGAUGCCCGGCUGGCAGAAGGAGGGAAGGAGGCGAUGAAGGAGGUUGGGAGAUGGGGCGUCAGGGAGUCCUGGUAGUCGGGCGUUAUUCGCGGAUGCGGGAAGCUCAACAUGUGGCGCAUCCGGUGUUGUAAGAAUUACCCGUCGAGCGGUUUGGGUCCUUUUACUUUUCUGUAUGACGGAGGAUAAAAAGUGGUGAGAUAUACAUAGCAUCGCAGGGAUACGCGGCGUACUCAUCCAUCGACCUUCUCCACAGAGGUCUUGUAUAGAGAAUAGACUGUACACUAGCAGCACCAUUGCGCGUCUGUCG